GGCAGGCGCGGGGCCCGAAGUUCCUCUCCUCCUGGUCCAGCGACCACAGCCGCCAGACGGGCGCCGCGGGGCCCGCCUGGCCCGGCCGCUCUGGGAAAGGAGAGACGGGAGCACAGCGCACGACACGCUGGACGACGAUUCUGGAGCCAGCCGGCGCGCAGGAGGCAGGUCUGCAGCACUCCAGGCUCUGAGGGGCUUCUGCUAUGACUGCAGUCUCCUUGUGAAGCCAGGGCUGCCCCGUGCUGCCACCGCCACACCAGGUCUCCGCCCUGCCCCGCCUGUGCUUGGCCCCGCAUCACCAUGGGCAGCGUCAGUAGCCUCAUCUCUGGCCACAGCUUCCACAGCAAGCACUGCCGGGCUUCUCAGUACAAGCUGCGCAAGUCGUCCCGCCUCAAGAAACUCAAUCGGUGUUCGGACGGCCUGCUGAGGUUUGGCUUCUCCCAGGACUCGGGUCAUGGCAAGUCCAGCUCCAAGAUGGGGAAGAGUGAGGACUUCUUCUACAUCAAGGUCAGCCAGAAGGCCCGGGGCUCGCACUGCCCAGAUUACACUGCACUGUGCAGUGGGGACGUAGGGGGCCAGGCUGGGGUGGACUUUGGCCCAUCCACUCCACCCAAGCUCAAGCCCUUCUCCAAUCAGCUAGAAAUGGGCUCAGAGAAGGGUGCGGCGAGGCCCACGGCAUUCAAGCCCGUGCUGCCGCGGGCGGGAGCCAUCCUCCACUCCUCCCCUGAGGGCGCCAGCCACCAGCUGCACCCAGCCCCUCCAGAUAAGCCCAAGGAGCAGGAGCUGAAGCCUGGCCUGUGCUCCGGGGCGCUGUCGGACUCCGGCCGGAACUCCAUGUCCAGCCUGCCCACACACAGCACCAGCAGCAGUUACCAGCUGGACCCGCUGGUCACACCCAUGGGGCCCGCUAGCCGUUUUGGGGGCUCAGCCCAUAACAUCACCCAGGGCAUCCUCCUCCAGGACAGCAACAUGAUGAGCUUGAAGGCUCUGUCUUUCUCUGAUGGGGGCAGUAAGCUGGUUCACUCGAGCAAGCUGGACAAGGGCUCCUCCUGUGUCCGCUCCCCCAUCUCCACAGACGAGUGCACCAUCCAGGAGCUCGAGCAGAAGCUGCUGGAGAGGGAGGGUGAGCUCCAGAAGCUGCGGCGCAGCUUCGAGGAGAAGGAGCUGACCUCCAGCCAGGCCUCUGAGGACCGGCCACGGCGCUGCCGGGAGGAGCUGGAGGGCCUGGAGCAGAAGUGCGGCAGCAAGGUGAGGCAGGCCUCGCAGAAGAGCCAGCGCACGCAGCAGGUGCUGCAGCUCCAGGUGCUGCAGCUCCAGCAGGAGAAGCGGCAGCUCCGGCAGGAGCUCGAGAGCCUCAUGAAGGAGCAGGACCUGCUGGAGACCAGGCUCAGGUCCUACGAGAAGGAGAAGACCAGCUUCGCACCCGCGCUGGAGGAGACGCAGUGGGAGGUGUGCCAGAAGUCGGGCGAGAUCUCUCUCCUAAAGCAGCAGCUGAAGGAGUCCCAGACGGAGGUCAACGCCAAGGCCACUGAGAUCCUCAGUCUGAAGGCACAGCUGAAGGACACCCGGGGCAAGCUGGAGGGCAUGGAGCUGAAGACGCAGGAUCUGGAGAGCGCCCUGCGCACCAAGGGCCUGGAGCUGGAGGUCUGCCAGAAUGAGCUUCAGCGCAGGAAGAGCGAGGCAGAGCUCCUGCGGGAGAAGGGGAACCUGCUGGAGCAGGAGCUGCGGGCGCUGCGGGCUCUGAGGGCCCGGGAUGACCUGCUGCGGGACGGUGUGCCCCUGGGGCCGGGCCUGGGGGCCGGGCCUGCUUGCUGCGAGGACAUCCCCACCCUGCAGCGGGAGUUGGAAAGGCUGCGGGCAGAGCUGCAGGAGGAGCGACAAGGUCACGACCAGAUGUCCUCUGGCUUCCAGCAGGAGCGGCUGGUGUGGAAGGAGGAGAAGGAGAAGGUGAUCCAGUACCAGAAGCAGCUGCAGCAGGCCUACCUGGCCAUGUACCAGCGGAACCAGCGCCUGGAGAGGGCCCUGCAGCAGCUGGCCCACGGGGACGGGGCAGGGGAGCCUUUGGAGAUAGAUCUUGAAGGGGCUGACAUCCCCUAUGAGGACAUCAUAGCCACCGAGAUCUGAAGGGCUGCGGGAGGCAAGGGUGCAGAGUCUGUCGGGAGGGCCCCCCACUCCCCUGUGCUGUCACUCAGGCCUGAGAGAAGCCUCCCCAGACAUAGGCCUGGGCCCCUCAAGGGAAAGGGAGGUUUGGGGCUGCUAUGUGGCCUCUCCCUGCCAUCCCGCGUUCCAGCCCUUACAUCCCUGCAGCCUGCUGGACCUCUAGCUUUCCCAAGAGAUGGGCCCAAGUAUCUCCACCAUUUGGUUAAGGGCACCGUAAACCUUGGCCUUUGUUCAAAAUACUUAGAGACACCCUCUCCCAGGAUGGUGGUGACUGCCAUGAAGGCCAGUGGCCACCCCAGGACAGAAGCUCCCUUCCACCUCUCUUCCCACAACCUCUUUUCUCCUCCAACACAUCGGGAUCCCUUGGAGAUAGAAAGAAGCCAUUUGUGACCAGAAGACUUGGAACUGGACCCGGUCAUAACCUGAGCUCUUCCUCUGGCCACAGGCGUGUAGGGGCUGGAGUGGGAUGUGGAGAAGCGGGCUUAGCAUCAUCAGAGCUGACCUGACCCUGGCAAGCCAGAGAGGAGGGGAAAGCUGGGGCAGCCCAGGAGCGUCUAGACUCAGCAAGGACUCACUGGAGUCAGAGGGAGAAGCUCCGUAGUAACGGCUAGACCCUGCUGGGCCCCGCUGACUGGAGGUGAGCAGCCUCUGGAUGGCUGGUGGCCUUUGACUGCAGUGAUCACUUUUCUCAAAGCCAUAGACACUAAGGCCCUGGGGUGGA